UAUGAUGAAGGAGCGUCCAAAUCACCAUGUCCUCUUGGCCCUGUACCUCCUCACCAGCUGUUCCUCUUGCCCACCUCCGUCUCUGAGGUAGAGUGCUCCUCACCCCCAUUAGAUAGAUUCCCAACAAUUAACAUAUUCCUAACCAGGGUAGUGGCAGUGUCUUGAAUUAAACUGUUAAAAAGGGCACACACACACCACCAAACCAAACCAAUUUCCCUCUCAGGAACAGCCUGAAAACUUGUUAGGAGUUUUCGAAAUAUACUGAGUAGUUGAAAGGUUUGAAAAGAUACGUACUUAUUUCUUCGCUGUGUAUACGUACACCCCCCCCCACACACUCUAUACAGUAACAAUUGCUUCUUGGGGGUGAAGCCAGGCUUUUUGGUUUGAUAGCCCCAGACAGUGGGUGUGACUAGGAUACUUCAUUGCCCGCUGAGUGAUGGUGUCAGAGCGCCACACAAAAUUAUCUAGCAGCGUCAAGCUCCUCCCCACCCCCGUAAAAGGCCCAAAUCUUCCCCUACAACAGAGACCCUAGUUCAAAAGAUCACUGGAUGUUGUUCCCCAGAAGGCUUGAGUGAAUGAAGACCCAUCUCCCAAAUGCAUGAAUGCACCAGCCGAGUACAGUGGGGGGAGUGGAGGGAAAUGGGCUGCUCACCUGCCUGUAGUCAAGGGUCAACUGGAAAGGCAAGAAAAAGAGACCAGAAUAAACCCUGGCCUUGUCUGAGUUCAGCACUCCACUGGCUGCUGCAAGGUGGGGCGGCCUGGUCUGGGGCUAUGCACAGCUCAGACAGCACUUGCUUCAGGACUGGCCUGGGAAUGUCUCCGCAGAUAGGCAGCCAUUACCCCACAGGGCUUGCCACCUUCUCCCUGGACAUGAGCUGGCAUGAAUUCCUCCAGGCUGGGGCCAGUUACAGCUCCCUGCACGGCUGGUCUCAGAGCAGUAUGGUAGCGGGGUUACAGGGCAUCCACAGCUCAGCCCCUCCUUGCUACUCCACUCACUUUUCUUUGCUGGGAUCUCUCUGUCUCUCUCUUGUUCCUUUGCAGCAGGUGUCUGAUCGCCCAGACCACUCUCCCCAGCACCCGUCUCUGCUGUUGCCAGCCUGCUCGGCCUCACUGCCCCCAUAUCCGGGUGGGAUAAAAGCAGGUGCCCAGCCCGUUCUCCCUGUCUCUGGAACCAAGGUCAGGGGAGCUCUCCCCCAGUGUGCUAGGAGGUUGGAAAACCAGUGGAAACACAUUUCACCACAAGCCAAGAAGCAAUGGAGCCUUUUUAUCUGUACGACAUCAGGGCUGUAACCUCCAACAAAACCAUUGGGAGAAUUAUUUCACCCAUGGCAGCUCAACUUUGUCAUUUAAUGAUAGCAGCCGAGUGGGAUGGGGUGAAUAACGAGCGCCUAGCUGAUUUAGAAAAAGCUGCCGAAGAAUUAGCCAAAGCUACUGAAGAACUUGCUUGUGUUGCAAGAAGGGUGGCUCAUGAGUCCAAUGAUGAGCUGCUGGCUGGGGAGAUGCUGCCUGCUGCCAAAUCUCUCCUCGCGUCUGGGAGAAGCAUCUUACUGGUGGCCCAGAAACUUCAUAUUCAGCCAGACGUUCAGAGUCAUCAGGAGGAACUGAUUGAUUCAGCAAAGAGAGUCUUAAUGGAGACUGUGAAGAUCCUCCAGCUUGAAGAUGAUGCUGUAGUGACGAGGAUUAUCCAGGCCGCUCAGUGGCUUCGGGAUUGCCUGACUGCACUCGAAUUUGCAGGAGACAUACCAGCCCUGCUGGCGGCUUUCCGUGAUUUUUCAGAGUCCUUGCUCUUGCUGAACAAUUUGACAGAAAGACGCAUCCAAGAGCUCCGAGAUUCUCCUUCUCAGAAGUAUUUGGCCCAGACACUGCAGAUCCUUAGGAAGUGUCCCCCAAUGCUGCAUGCUGCAAAACACAGUCACCUGAAGCACCCUCAGGACCAGCAAGUGAGUGGUUCCAAAAACUACAUUUUCCAUUUGAUGGAUAGCACCAUAAAGGAACUGAUUUCCUUGCUGACAAACACCACCAGAAACAAGGAACUGCUGGAAAGAAAUGGGCUCUUUUCCCAGCACCUGAGCCAGCUGCUGGGCUUCCUUUUCAACCCAAACCCUGCUCACCUAGCUGAGGGCGAAUUCAGUUUUUGUGUGGAAACAGUGAUCUUCCACUGCAUGCUUUUAGCUAACUCAUCAAGGCCAAGUAUUAAGCUGCAGUUGAUAAAGCACUGCCAUCAUCUCCUAAUGCUCAAGAAAAGCAUUUCCAACUAUGGCAGCAUAAUGGAGGAAUUGCCAUCACAAAGCCAGCUAGAAUGUAACCUAGAAGAGAAAUGUCAUGCGAUGAGAGUUGAGGUGGAGAUUCUUGAUCAAACCAUGCUCACUGCUGUUUUGUGUCAGAUUCUGGACACUUUCACAGACAUUAACGAACCCCUGAAAAGGUUAAUGGAGGCUGCGCUGGAACCUACUACUGUGCAAUAUUCUCCUGCUGGAGAGGAUGGAUUUCUAAGAAAACUUCAGCCUCUUAUUACUGCCUUCUUCAGUCAUGCUCAUCAGAUGCUCAAAGUGGCAAAUUUUGUUCUGGCCCGGUGCACCAACCUCAAAAUCUUUAAAGAAAUUGAAGAUCAUGUAGACUGUUUAAAUAGACUCCUUCCCACGGUGCCUCUACUCCUCGGGGAAAUGAGCAAAGAUCCUAAUAAGAUUAACAUCCAGGAACAAUUACAAACCUUCUAUCAAAGAUGGGCUUGGACAACAGAAAACUUGUUAGCGUGUGUUGAUGAGACAAUCAGCUUGCCCGAAUUCCUCGAUCUGUCUAUUCAGGAAAUGGCCGAUCACAGACAGUGUUGUGAACAAGAACUAGAGAGUCAGAACUCUGGAAGGUUUUCAUGGCAUGCUGCGCAUAUGACCAGCCGAGCUGCUCGCGUGAUCCAAGUUACUAACAGAUUUGUGGAUAAAGUCAGAGAUCCCAUUUUCAAGAAUGGUUUGUUAGUUUUAGUUAAGCAACUGGAAAUCUCCAUUCUGGAAGUGAGAACUGCUACUAGCCACUGUUUAGGAGGCAUCUCUUGUCUACAAACUAGAAACGCAUUUUCAAAGAGAGUAAAGCAUCUGAUGGACUCCACUCGAAAUGUCAGAGAGGGGCUGGAUGAGUCUAAUCAUCCAGAUAUUCUGAGUCCGUUUCGGGAACAAAUUCGGAGCCUUGACAUUCCAAAAGAGCUGUGUUGCUUUUCAGCCCAGGACCAUGUAGAGCUCAGACCACCAGAUGUCAUAAAACAGAGCACUAAUCACAAUACUGAAUUAGUGGAAGAAUUUUUAAGUGAACAGCUUCCGUCAGCCACCUCUCCUCUUGAGAUGCUUCCAAGAGCAGGUAACUUAUACCCAGGAAGAGUGGAUUUACAUCCUGUGAUCAAUGAACUCAUCACUGCAGCAAAGAAACAUGACAUUACUGCUGUAAACAUUGCUUGCUUUGGUUUACUUGAACUUUCCAACUGUUGUGUAGAUGCAUCUCAGGAAGCCUUACCAAUUGUCAAGUCGCCACUGCUGGAAAAGCUGACCCACUACAGAAGGAUAGUUCUAUUAACACCAUCUGUUAUUAGCUUAGCUAGGGAGAUAGGUCCAAACCCAGUUUCCAGAGCAGACAGACUUCUUCCAACAGCUGUUUUGUUAUCAGAGAAGAUUUGUGAAACUAACCAAUGCCUGGUGGCUGUGGCAGGCCCUUGGUACAGUCUAGUCCAGCAGUUAUUCUGCAUGGUAGCUCCAGCAGACUUUCUGAAGAGCAAACAAACUUUGGAUGAGAUAAUGCGGACUUUAGCAACAGUUGUUCAGCUAGCGGCUGAUGUUGCACAUACAGAUUGUAAAGAGGAGUGCACAAUAGUUCCUAAGAUUCAGGAAAGUUUUGUACGGGUCCAAGCAAAAUUCACAUGUGCUCAGACUAAUACAAAGCAUUUACUUGAAAAGGCACUGUCUUCUGACUGCUUCCAUUCUCACCAGGACCAUCUUGAGGGGAUCUGCCUUCUUUGGUCUAUCAGCAUACAGGUGCUCCUGAGUGCUGUGGAUCAGCUCAUAGGACGAGAUGUUUUGUUCUUAGGUAAAUUAAGGAAUACAAUGAAGCACAAGCUUCACUUGCGCGAUGUCCUGGCAGCUGUCUCUGAGAGCUCUUUGAGAAUACAGGAGGCAGCGCGGCUAUCCUAUCUUGCCUGUGCUGAACACAGCGUGCAGCGUGACAUCCUAGCGCUCCGGGAGGAGGUAAAGGUACUAACUGAAGCUCUGUUGCAAGUGGUGGAUGUUCUGGCUGUCUCCCCAGUGCCUGCUACAUACUUGUCCAUUCGUGCUGAGCUGCUCCAACGAGAGCUUGCUGUUAGAGUGAAAGCACUUCUGCUCCUCCUGACCAGCACCAAUCAGGAGUACACGAGGGUCAUCCAAAACAUCCUCAUACUGGCCUGGCCUCCUGCGCGUGCCCAGGGAGGUGAUGGAAUGAUGGUUAAACAGGCAGGUCAGAUAAUGGCAAAUGUCCAACUGGUCAAGACCAUCAUAGAAGAUGCUUUGGAGAACACAGCUCAUCUAAAAAUGCGGGAAAGCCUGCUCUCCCUGACAGACCACCUUCUCCUCCUUACUGCUGAGCUGCUAGGAAGAGCUGGUGAGCAACUUCAAAGCCAGCAGGACAAGGAGCUGGUCCAACUAGACUACAUUGCAUGGGAGUGGUCUGCUAAAGCUCACUAUGUGGUGACACAACUUCAGUCAGUGAAGGACAUCGAUAAAGCCACCUUGGAGCUCGUUAAGCAGUGUUUACAAAACAGCGAGUCAUGUGCUGUUGCAAACCAAUGUCAUGGCAAAGCAGAGCUCUCCCCCGCCAAGAUACCCAGCACCAAACACCAGAAUCUCACACACCAAGCCAAUUCAGCAAAUGCCUGGCCUACCAUGAGUGAAUCCAGAGGUUUAACUGCCAGGGAUGCAUUUGAAAUCAUGCUCCUGAUUGACUCUCCAAACGACUCCCACUCCACUAGCAGCGAGCAGGGCAAGGAAGCUACUCCUGCUGUCCUGCCCGAGGAUGCUGGACAGCGGCAGGAUGACGGCAAUAAAAUGUCCCAAGUCACCAAGGAAAUGGCCACUGGGAUGUCUCACAUGGCACGGUUUCUAAAGAGGAAGGGACCAAUAACGACCAAAGAGCAGCUCAUUGCCUGUGCUAGUCAAAUGGCUUCCAAUGGGCAAGUGUUUGUCAGAUUUGGCCAUCUGAUUGCAAAGAACUGCCUAGAUGAAAGAUGUGCAACCGAAUUGCUGUGUGUCACUGAGCAAAUCCAAACAAUCAGCAACCAGCUCAGAAUUAUUUCCAGGGUAAAAGCAGCAACAGCAGGGAGGAAGUGCUCUGCUGAACUACUGGUGAACAAUGCACAGAAUCUGUUUCAAGUGGUCCUACAGUCCCUGAAGGCAGCAGAGGCUGCGUGCGUCAAAGGUUUGCGAAAGCCAGAUCCUGACUCAGAAGAAGCAGAGGCAGCUGCCUUUUGUAUUCAGUGGAAGAAAAAGCUGCUGUGGCACAGAGUCAAAGAAACUUUAAACUCAGAUAGGGAUGAAUUCGGACUUCGCAGAACACGUGCAGGAUGUGAACCCACCCUUACAGCUAUGGUUCAGGAACCAUCGUCUCAGAAUUAAGAGCUAUCUCCCCUACCCCCAAAUUCCAAACCUGUUCAAAAACCAACCAAGGAGUAGGAAGGGGCCUCUGUCAUUGAUCCCUAACUCUUGCAGGAAAUGACAUCACCAAUGGGGAGGGACAAUAAUGCCACUUACCUCCUUAGAAGCUGCUAAUGCUGCCCAGGAGCAAGAGAGACCUUCACAAAUAAGUGACAUUAGCAUAUAUAGUCUGGAGGCCCAGGCUGGUCAUUCUUGGCAAUGAAGCAGCCCCUAUAUAAAAAGCAACAACUGUGUUAUUUUAAUAGAAGUGUUCCUUAGAUACUUAUCUGAUGUAGUGUUGUAAAGGAGUAUCAAGGUAUUCCAAUGCAAGAUUUUUGUCCCCAUGUACCUUUUGUGCAAGUGAAAAGGCUACAAAAAUGUACUUAAGUUGUCAAGAUAAGUUUGAAAGAAAGAAUGACCAAUACAAUGGGAUUUA